UUUAAUUAUGUGUGAUGAUUCUGCUAAUAGUUGUUGAGAUAAUUGAGGUAGAUUACCGGUAUUUUACCAUUGGUUUUGUAUUUUGUAUUACGUUAGCUACUUUUAAAAUACUUUUAAGUCAUUUGGAUGGUUGGUUAAGUUUUGUUAGCUUAAUUUAAAACAUUGUUUAAUCGUGUGAAUGGCUGGAGGGAUAAGGUAAUUUAAUUUCGAACACUGUUCAAUUAUUUGAAUGAUUGGUUGUAUACAAUAUUCAUUUAAAAUACUGUAUAUUGGUGUAAAUGUUUGGGUAAGUUACGUUAGCCACAUUAAAAAUACUUAACGGCGUUCUUCGGGAUAGGUGUUAUUCAAAAAACCAUUAAAUGUUCUUAAUGGAGAACCUUCUCUAGAAAAUUAGCAUUACUUGAAAUAGGGAUAACAAUCUGCAGGUAGAGAAGUAAAGAUUGUGUUAGGUAAGUUCCGGGAAGAGGAGUGGCAGAUUUUGCAUUUAAAACUGCAGAAUAAAAAGUACGAAUUUUUGAAAAAUUUAAAUAUUUAAGCUUUGUGAAACGAUUAAUAACCAUGCAACAUUUUUAAAUAAUCAAUAUUAAUAUUACAAGAGUGACAUAUUUUUAAUUAUAUAAUCUUGAUUUUUGAAAUAAAUGCUUUUUUUUUCGGAUGAGGUUGUACUAACCAGCGAAAUGAUUUUUUUUCCGUAUCUAAACUACCGCGUUAUUAUUUUCCUGCCUAGUAUUUUGUUAGUACAAUAUAUAGUACACAAUAUAUAGUGCACAAAAUAAUUUAUUACGGUUGUGGCAAACAACAGUUAACUGGUGUCACUGCUACAAAAGUUUAACAUUAUUUAGCCAAACUUGUGUUGUGAAUGUAUUACACUGAAAUAAAUAAUAAAAUCACUUCAGGCUAUAUAAAAAAAGAUUGUCAAAAUUAAAUGAUAUCGUAGCUUUCGUCCAUUCGAAACCUAAAUUGGGCGGAGACAAAACAAAAUACAGAAAAAAACUUAUUUUGUAAUAAAUGAGGCAAUAAAAUUAGUUAUAGGUAUCUAAUUUCUUAAUUUAUUUACUUGAAUGGAAAUAAAUUUGCCAUUAGAAUCAUCAUUUGUUGAUAACCGCCGUUCUAACAAAAUGUAAAACUCAGAUUAACGUAUAUUUCCGUAUACAUAGCCUACUUUAGCAAAAUAUCUCCAGAGUGACGUCACAAAUUGCUAGCCAGUGAAAGAGAAAGGUGCGCAAAAGGAUACAUAUAUAACUUCACGAUGAUUCACCCGUUAUGUUCACAGUUGACAGAACAGAAGAACGAAUGAAUAUCAAGCAAUGAUUUGUGUAACAUUUUCUUAAGUGUUAUGAGACGAGCUGAGCGGAGUGCCUUGCCUCACUGGCGACGAGGGCGAUCACUGCCAUGCUUCAGUUCCUAGCCCGCACAACGCCCAGGCCUGGAAGCAGCUGCUGGCCGCGGCGACCAUGUGCCUUAUGUUCAUGGUGGCGGAGAUAGUCGGGGGCUACCUGGCCGGCAGCCUGGCGGUAAUGACUGACGCGGCCCACCUCCUGUCCGACUUCGUGGGGUUCGUGGUCAGCCUGUUCUCCAUAUGGGUCGGCCAGUGGCCUCCCACCAAGAAGCUGUCGUUCGGGUAUUACAGGGCAGAAGUACUUGGUGCACUUGGAAGCGUCUCCUUAAUAUGGAUGAUGACUGGCAUUUUUGUGUUCAUGGCUGUUCAGCGUAUCAUCAGCGAAGACUUCACUAUUGAAGCUAACACAAUGAUGAUAGUGUCAGGAAUCGGCGUGGCUUUCAACAUCAUCAUGGGCCUGGUUCUGAACGGUGCAUGCGAGGCAGUGCGGCACGCUCACGCCCACUCUCAUGCCCACGCUCACCCUCAUGCCAAGCAGCAGCGCAGUAUCAACGUGCGCGCGGCAAUCAUACACGUGCUGGGAGACCUCAUUCAGAGCGUCGGUGUUCUGGUGUCUGCCAUCGUCAUCAAAUUUUACCCGCAAGCAAAGCUGAUAGACCCCGUCUGCACGUUCCUGUUCUCCGCGGUGGUGCUGGCCACGACGGUGACCAUCGUGAGGGAGACCACCCACGUGCUCAUGGAGGGCUUCCCCCGCCACCUGGACCACUCGACCGUCGCGUCCCGGCUGCACGAGAUCGAGGGUGUCCGCAGCCUGCACGGCCUCCACGUCUGGUCCCUCACCACCGACAAGAACGCCCUCGCCGUGCAUCUGGUGGUCGACCCGGGAGCGGAUCCAGAGGUGGUGCUGAGACAGGCCCAGAAGCUAGCUCGCUGGGAGCUGGGCGUUCUUUCGACCACCGUGCAGGUGGAGAGGUAUUGUCCCGACGCCUCGCGCGACUGCCCGUCCUGUCGGGCGCCCAGCGACUAGCAUCGAGUCCGCGGCGGCGGCGUCUUCGCCGUCUCCGCGCGCUUGUAGCGUACACUCGCGUAGCGCCUUACCAAAACAAACUCCUUUGUUAUUUAUUGAGACUUGUGAUAAGAGCAUACUGCAUUUAUAAAGACUUGUUUCCUAAGGCAUUGCUUGGCAAGCCUGCAGGCUGAUUAUGAACAUACAUUUUGCGAUACAAGACACGGUAAACAUCAAAUGUCUCAAAGAUUCCCACAGCAAAAAGCUGUGUGAUUACGAACACAACUGUUUUCGUUAAACUCAGACUAUUGAUGAUGUAGGUAUCCUUUGAGUAUGAACACAUAUUUUGGACGUUAUUUAUCACACUGUUGCUAUGUUGAUACCACAUGUGUAUCAGUUGGUGGUGUGAAAUGAAUAAGAUAGAAAUGUAAUUUAACUAGGAUGAUUAUUAUAUUAAAUAAUGUGAAAUUUUAGUGGCACGAUUUUCUUUUAAUCAUAGCUGGGACAUUUAAGGAGUCAAACCCAUUUACAAAGAAGUGUAACAUAAUAUUUAAGGUUAGGAACUGUUAUGAUAGUAUUUUUAAUUUUUUAUCUAUGGUUUAAUGUUUGCUAUGGCAAUUCACGGGUAUUGCAACAUUGAUGACACAACAUUUUUACUCCAUCUUUAAAACUAAUAAUUAGAAAAAAAUCACAGAGUUUAAAAGCCUUUAAUAAAAAUAAAAACUAAGAUGGGUAUAUUUAAAGUAUGAGUGAAACAAAUUAUUUAUAUCUACUGACAGAUAGUUUAUUUUACGCACACGUUAAUUAUUCAGUGGUUGCUGCUGGCCCUUCUUUGACAACACUGAUUUAUAUUGACCACAAUUCUCUUGGAUCAUAACAAAACACACACCACAUAUUGGUUCGUAAUUACCAAAUGCAGUAUGUGUUUUAGUAGUGUGUGGAGAAUACCGCAAUUCUCCAUGAUUGUUCAUAAUUAGCCUGCUGAUCAUUAGUUUGUUAUCAUUGCUCAAGAUAACUUGAUCUUACAUGUGAAAAUGUGGGUAAAUGCUUGGACAUCAGAGGCUUAUGAUUCAACAGAUAGCCUGAGUACGGUUAGUGCACCGAUUUGCCAAGCCAUGCGCUGUGGGAACAAGACCUAAAAGUUCUUUAAACUCAAAUUCUGAAUAUAAUACAUUUCACGGGUGUUAUUUUGAAUGCUUAACUGCACAAGUUGAGUGAAAAAUGUUACUUUUGUAUGCUAAAACAUGGGUUUCCUAGCAUAAUUAUUAUUAUUUAUACUUUAACGUUACAGGUGAUUGUUGUAGAAAUAAUUUAUUGUUUACAUUGAAGGAAGGUUUUUAAAUUGUUUUAAUUUUAAAAUUGUUUUUAAAAAUAUAUAUUUUUUAAAUGUUGAAAAAUAUACUUUUUACAGAAACACAGGACAUAUUUCAAGCAAGUGAAAUGCCUGGGUUAAAUUAUAUUUUAAUAUUGUUUUGUAAAAUAUCAUUAAUACAUCAAUUCUAACUCUUUUAUUUGUUCUAAAGACGUAUUUUAUAGCAUUGUAGCAGUAAUAUGUUUACCCGUUUUUGAUCUUGUAAUGUUCUUUUUUUAUUUUUUAUUCUUUACGUGGUUUCAUGUUUCUGUUGUACCGUAUUUACCUGCAGAAGGGUAGCACUAUAUAUUUAUCUACAUUAGAAUACCAUAGAAGCAAGUGAAGUCUUUGUUUCCUGUCUAUGCUUAUUGUUAUUGGUGUGUAAGAAAUAGGGCACUGGGUUUAACCAUGGGUCCUCUUUUUGUCUGCUUUCCAUUCUUCUUUAUUACUAUAGGAGGAAGUGAGGCUUCAUUCUUAGUCCAUUUCCUUCCCCCCUCCUCCUCCCAUGCCCCCUCCUUUUUACAAAAAGACAAAAGAGAAGGCUCUGUUUUUUUACACUUAUGUAUCCACUCUAGAAUUUAAAAAAAAAGGCACCAAGCUACCUUUUCUUGUCAUUUCCUUUUAUAAAAACUAGCAUGCACAGCAGCAAGAAAUUCAUUCAGGAGCUGGAGGAAUGUAAAAAGCCUUACUUUGAAGGGCAGCUUUCAAAGCACCAAUAUGGCUGUAGUUUUGUCAUGGAAUGUUGCGUUUGAAUUUGAAAUCUGGGAAAUCUCAUGCAAAAAAACAGCGUUGGGUCACAGUUGCGUUUGAAAAACCGGUCGCAAUAGACACGUGGAGAUUGUAUACUGUGCCAGUUCACUGUCAUUUACAAUGAUGAGGGUGGAAGGGAGAACUAUCAACACUGAUACAUGACCACAUGCACUCACAAAAUGCACACUCACACACAAAACUCUGGCUGGUUUAUUUUUAUAUUCCCCUCCUCCAGCUAAAUGCUAGCCCACAAGUCGCGUCACUUGCCGGCGCUGGCUGGGCGGCCGAUGGCUGGACAGAUGUAGCACAAUGGCACCAUUCAUAGUGCUUUUCAUGCACUGCUGAGAUAUUUUAACUAAACAGUUUUUAAUUACUCAUGACAUAUAUAUUACAAACCAACAUGGGAAAGUUAUUUACAAACAUACUUAACGACACGCUGCAAUUAUACAAUUUUUUUUUUUAUUUACUCAAAGGAAAAAACUUGCAUAAGGGAUGUUCUACAUUUUUUUUUUUUUAUACCAAAAAAUGGCUUAAAAUAUGCUACCCAUAGGCAGGUAAAUACGGUAGCUGCAAUACUUGUUUUGAACAAUAAUUCAUAGUUCCUUAAGGGGUAUUGAUUGAUCCCUAAAUUAAAAGUGUUUAGAUAGUGAUUUACUUUCUUUAAAGUGUUCCUUGGAUUAAAAAUAUUGGUUCUUGUAACCUAAAUAAAUAAAUAAAAAUUUUUAUUCAUUUUUUCAACAGUUCAAUUGAAUUUUGACUCAUGGUUUGUAGAAACUCUAGAAUGCAGAAAGUGCAAUAUAUUUAUGAAGAAACUUGUUUUAUCUUAAGAAUAAAAUAUGUUGUAUGCUAUUAAAUAUUAAGUUUCUUUAAAAAGAGCUUUAAAGUUGCAAAAUAUUGAGUUUAAAAAUUUCAAUGCAAAUACAAUUUUUCAAACUGAGAUUUUUAUGUACGGCUGGCAAAUUUAGCCAAGAAAUGAUGUUUAAAGUAUGUAGUAGUACGAAAUGUGAAAAUGAUACUGGUGGAUUUUUAUGUUAUGGCAGGUACUUCGAUUUUUCAAUAACAUCGGCCGAAAAUUAAUAAGCAUAUUGUGAAUCGGCAGAAACGCAGAUUCAACUAAAUAUCGGCAAAAUCAACUGCUGAUUCGUAUCGACACAGCUCUAGGUUUAACAUUCAAAGCCAGUAUAGUGCAGCCCUCUCGCGGCAAAGAGACAUGCUGUUAGGACUCGCCACACACUCCGCCUGCUCCCUCAUCCUAGUUGUGUGAAUGGAUACGGGGUGCUGUCGCAGUGGUGAAUCACGUGGUCUUUGCCGGAGGUGGUGGUGGAGGAGGAGGGUAGUGCGUGCUCAGGCCAGUGUUGCCUGAUGCCCUUGUGGUGGCAGGACAGCUAGACUGCUGAAGGCAAGAGGCAAUCCCGAGCAAUACUGGACACAGUGUGUUGUGUUUGCGAAAUAAUUUUUACUAAUCUUGAGUGAAGUCGUAAUUUCCAAUGGGUGACAAGUAGAGGUUGCAAUAGACUACUGAAUAAAUCAAGGAUGUAUGAUAUCCCUAAAAAUUAACAAAUCCAACUUCGAGUCUUUUUUUUUGUCAGUCAUUACAUUAUUUUCCCUAGUUAUGGGUUGUGUUCAUUAGCAAAACAAGAAUGCAUUUACAAAAGGAGAUAACUUUUUUAUACCUACCCAAACCAUAGAAAUGGGGUUUAUAAUUCUUUAUAUCCUUCUUAUAAAUUAAUACUGUGGGAUUACCGAAACCAAAUAUGUUUGUUUGAAACAUAUUGCGAUACAUAAUAACCAUAAGUUUGUUCUUUAGACAUUAAUUAUUACACUUGUUUUUUUUUAUAGAGAAAAGGGGGGUGGGGGUGGAUGUAUCUUGGAGGCAGCAAAAAACAUUACUGGCUGUACGUCUGUGACUUCAGUGCCAUCCAACAGAGAACGGCUGAACAUUUUCUUCAUUCUUGCCCUAUGUUUAUGCAAACGAGACACAGAUGUUUUAGCAUCGGAAAUGCAUUGCAGUGGGCAAAGGCCUAAAAGGUAUUAAAGCUAUGGUUAUUUCAUCUGAAAUCAGUGCCUUUUCUCAUGAGGUCAGGCUUGAAUUUUUGUUCCAAAGUUGUUCUCAGAACCGCACAACAUCAGCAUGAAACUUAGUGUCAUGACAGCAUAAAAUUUAAUAUAAGAUAUAAGUAUAUAAUUUGCAGUCAUAUCAUAGUUCUUAGUCCAGUCGAUUCUAGUGCUGAGGUUUGAUAAUUAUACCUAAUAGAUACUGUAGGGAGCACGAAAGUAGCAAGCAGUAUCCCAUAGUUCUGACAGCAAACAUUGCUCGGCAUGGACUGGCAGAACAAAGAGGCGUUGGGAGAGCGCGCACGGAAAUUGGCACGCCCGGCAGUGUAUUAAGCAUUUAAAAAAAUAUGCACCAUUUAAUUGUGUAUCUCUGAAAAUAGGAAUGAUGACAUGUAACAUUGAACCCAAUGUAGAUACAUAUAUGUCAAUAAUUCCAACAUGAAGUGAUAGUAAAUAAAAUUGGGCUAAAGUUCGGAAACUCAUUUCAGCGAACGCAGUUUUGGCAAUUCACAGGCACAUUUUUUUACCAAAUUAUUAUUUUUUUCAUCGAAAUUUGAGUGCAGUAAAAUCACAAAUUCAUUCCUAGCAAUUGUAAGUACUUGUAAUUUAGAAAAUUUGACUGUAUUUUUAGACCACAUCUGACUGAAAAAAGGAAGAUAUUGUAUGCUAAUUCCUAAAUUUUUAAGCUUCAAACAAACAAGUUUGUAAUGAAAUGUAAAAUGCAUAUUGUGACCUUAGCUUAGAGGUUAUAAAAUUCUCUCUCUCUAUAAUGCUAAUAACUUUUUAUGUCUGUGUAGUUUGUAGCUUGAGUGAGGAUUAAAGUACAUAUUUCUGGUGUACUUGUGCUAACUACAUGUUGUUUGAAAUGGCAAUGUUACUGCAGAAGUCAGAGUGGAUCUUUACCAAGACAACAUGAUUUGCACUGUUAUCAGGUUAGAUUUUGAAGUCAAAUUUUAUUACAUGUUAAAUAACUCAGUACAGGUUAUCAAUUAAUAAAAGACAUAGGAGCUAAGUAACAAAUAAGUUCAUCACAAUAUAAAAAGAGGUUUUCACAAUCACUCAAGCCUGAACCAAUACGUAAACCUCAUGACAUAUUUAUUGUAGAUCUGGGCCGGUCAGGAAAUUUACCCAUACCGAUUGCUUGCUGUCUAUUUGGCCGGUAAACAAUACUGAUCAGCAUUAAAAAAAAAUAUAGUAAAACAUCAUGUGAUGAAGCAUGUUGGUUUCUUGCCUUACUUUUUUUUUUUUUUUUUGGAAAUAACUUGAGUCAUGCAAACCAAUAUUUGAACAAAUUAAGUUGCUAAUAGUAAUAACAGAGUUUAGGAAAACAAAAUUUCAAAUUUUGAAAUUAUGUGUUUGUUGCUAUUAAAGUAACUGUAAAAAAAAUUCAUACAAUUGACAGGAAGGUGGGUAUAUAGUAUUCUUUUCAUUUUCUUACACAUCAGUAAGCUGAGAUUCAGAACAUAAAGACUUCACUAGCAUCUAUAGAACACUACUGAAGACAAAUAUAGGAUGCAACCCAUAUUCGAGGGUGACUCUUACAGUGAAAAUGUUGGAUUUUUAUGCCAAAAACUAUAGAUGUGACUCGUGCAGGAGCGACCCUUCUGCAGGUGAAUAUAAUAAGUAGUUGACACUCGUGAAAUAUUGGUGAGCAUGAUUCUGAUUGCAACAAUCGGUAAGAUGACAAUAUUGGCCGAUUAAUCGAUCUGUAAUCCGGCACCCUCCCAGUUAUAAUUUAAUGGAUAACAUUUUGUGUUGUUCUCCUGCUUUGUUAUCAAUGGAUUUGUCAUGCUAGAAUCUGUGUUAGUAAUGUCUUACCAUAUGCUAGGCUUUAUGCAAUUAGGACAGUGAGGUAUUGUAAAGAAUACAUACAUAGAACAUUCGUUUAAGCUAAGCAAUUUCUCAUUCUAAGCUUAAACUGAAAAUUAUAUAUAGAUUAGAACAAUUUUUAUAACAAUAUCUACAAGAAAAAUAAUUAAAUAAAUUUUUCUGUUGUAAAAUGAGGGGUAAAUAAUAAAAAGGAUCUGCCAUGCUAUCCAUUAUACGAGUAAAACCUUUUAGAUGGACAGUAUCUUGGCAAGGGCAUAUCUUGGUAGGUGAGGAGGUGAAUAAAAAUUAAAAAAAAAUUAAAAAAAAUUAGUAGAUGGUUGGUUGCUGAUAUUUCAACACUUUGAAAGAAACUAAUAAUAAAAUAGAGAUGUGUCAUCUGUGAGAAGUCAUAAGAACUAUAUAACUUUGAUUUCUAUUCUGGAAAAAAAAUGCCCCGCACCCCUCUUGUUUUGAGCUAUAUACAGUCUUGGUUAUUAACUGUAACUGAUACAGUGAAGUGUACUUAACAAUAAGAAUGGGCUGGCUUACCACCUCUUGUAACAGCAGUCCAUCACUGCUGUUGGUGGCACCGUAACCCACAUUAGUACAUUUGUAAGUAGAUUGUAACUAGUGGAACAGUGCCACAGGUUUUACCAUUAUAUUUAUUUUCACCUGUGCGGUAUGUGCAUCACCAAAUAAAUAUUUAUUUACAUAAA